CAAUCAGAUACAUUUUUGUCAAAUUCACGGUCGACAUGCUUAUGGAGCACUCACGAACGUUAUUGUUUUUUUGCUUGGUAUUUUAUGUAGUUAUUUUCGCUCUUACUCAGGUUAAAGAGUCCUCGCGCACACGCUUGGUUUCGCUUGCGCUCUUUCGCGCAGGCGCACUCCGCCUCUCUCGCGAACGCGCUCUCGUACUGUAGAUUGUAAACACACUACAAGUCAUCUAGAACACAUUUACGGACUUUCGCUUUAUUUCGAAAUCGAUUAUGGUCGAUCCUGAUGUUUUCGGACAAGGCAGUCGUGCGCAGUGUCAUUUUAACCAUCAUAUAAUCUGUUUAUUCCUAAACUCAUGACGUUUGAUGCGGUUCGAGCUUGAUUUCUUUUAUUAAUAAAAACAGCGUCUUUAGUGAUGCCUAGUUCUUAUGGACACUGGAGUGACUUUUAUAAACUUAAAAUGUUGCUAUUUCACGGUGUUAAGUCAGAAAGUUUGUGUGCUUUUAUCACUGAUGCGUAAAAUCAGGUCAUUUCCUCAAUCUCGGGACUUUCUGCUAAAUCUGUGCACACAUGUUGAGAUUAAACCCCACUUUCGAUACCCAAAAAGAUGUCGUGUCAAGCGUCUUGGCGAAGGAGGAAACUGUCAGAGGGAAUAUAGGUGUUCUUGAACCUCGCAUUCUGAACGUGGAAAGAGAUGGAGGUGUGCUGUACUCAUGGAGAGGGGCAUCAGGGACUACAAGAAUUGGGAAAUAUGAUCCGCACAAGACAGAAAAUAAGCUUCUCUACACAUUUGACAAGCAGGUGUGUGUCAGCAGUUGCUCUUUAAACAAAGAAGAAACACUUCUGGCUGUCAGUCUGUCACAAACCACGCAGGAAGGAGGCCGACUUAAACCAGUGUCAAAAUGUUUAACGCUUCUCAUAGAGAUACACCCAAUAAACAACACAAAAGUCCUGAAGGCUGUGGACUGCAGAGUCAAAGUGCAGUUUCUUUAUCCCAAGACAUGCAGGACUACUGUGAUGGAGAGUCAUAUACUGUUGGUGGCAGAGGAUGGCUACGUUGACCAGUAUCACAUAACUCUGACAAGGCAGGAGGGCUACAGAGUGGUGAUGCUGAACCCUGAGCGUCUGGGCAGAGACCGAGUGGCAGAGGAAUUUAACUGGGUCCAGUGGGAUUCGGACACACAAAGACUGUUCUACCUCACUUCACGGGAGAAACACACACUGAAGUGCGUGCAGUUCUACCCAGAGCGCAACUUUGAGACUGUGUUUGAGCUUCCACUGGAGAUGCCCAGCCUUUCUUCUGUCGCUUCUGUGCGGUUUGUUAACUUCGGGUACGAUCAUUAUGAGGAGUUGAAUGGAGAGGACGGUCUGAGGUUAGAGGUGUUUACUGAUGCAGUAGGAACCAUGUGUGUGUGCUACAGCCACCCGGUGCGCUGGAAUAAAGACGCCACGUACACUAUCGCAUUUGUGCACAGAGGCUGCAGUAAGACGUUCACAGCAUCUCUAGAGAAAGGCUCUGCACCCGCAAAUGAGCCAAGGGUCCAUCCCAUCUUCAUUCAUCUGGGUUAUUAUAUAGCGGUAUACCUGGCGGGUCAUUUCCUUCAUCUGAUCAACUGCAGACAUCAAGAUCUUCUCUGCUACAGUCUGUUCCUGUCAGGGGCUGAUGGAGAUAUUGAAGCUCUGGGUUCGGGCUGUGAGGUCAUAAGCGUAUCUGGCAGGAGACUGCUUGAUGUCAGGUCUGGCAGGAUGUACACCAUGGAGCUGAACCACGACUUUGUGCUUGAGCUCCUCAGCUCGGACAGGCCUGAAGCCCAGCGGCUCGCUGCCCUGCACUGCCUGCUGGUCUACCUUCAGCCAAAUCCUGUAAUAGAGCUGAAGAUUAUAAACUGGAUCACUGAAAAUGUCAUGAGCUUUGAUGCUUUCGAUCAGAUUCAGGAAUUCAUUCUAGCUUCCCUGUACAGAAUGAGCUACCAGCAGUGUGUGAGCCUAGAUAAAGUGUUGCCGUACUCCUGCGUGAUUGAGAAGAAGGAGCUGCCCGUGGCUCUGACUGCCAUCCCUGAAGUGAAAUGCACUCCUGAAUUGCUCUGUCAACCACUAAUCAAAGGGAAGGCUAAGAGCUUGCAUGGGUACUGGGAAGAGCUACAUCACGUUCUGGACAGGAUGCGAUAUUUCGAGGCUGUACCAGGCCCGCGUUUCAGAACCGCUUUAAUUAAAGAGGACUGGACCAAAUAUCAGGCAGCAAUGCAGAACCAGGAAAAAAAGAAAUCCCUCCGCUAUAAUCGGAACAUCGAGGAGAACACCAAGAAAGUUCUAUCCAUGGUGGACACCUGGCGUUUGGACAGGCGUGUGGUUCCACUGUUUCAGGAGGAAGACCAACAGCAAAGGGCACAGGUGGGCCUGAUGGUUGACAAGCUCCGAGAACACUUGAACAGGCACUUACCACGACUGGGGAAAAAAAAGAUUGAUUUGCUGGUGGUGAACUACGCUGCUAAACUGCUGGAACUGGUCUGGCACUUGUUGGAAUUGAUGUGGCAGAAGCUUGAGUUGGGUCCCUGGGUGCUUUGCCUUAAACAACAGGGCAGUUCAGAGGAGUGGGCGAUGUUCCAUAUGAUGUUUCGCAUUCUGGAAGCCACUAAAGGGCUCUGUUUCCCCCUCCCUCCAGGUUAUUCAACUCUGUUGAGUGUGCUUGGAGUCCGCUGUCUCCCACGGCACACUUUUCUCCAGUAUGUGGAUCAUGGCCUUUUGCAGCUCACUGAACCGUUUGUUUCACGCCUCAUGACGGAUCUGGAUAACAGCGAUGCCAAUGAGCAGCUGAAGUUCAGCAUUCUAAAGAGACUUCCUGAGUGUAUGGAGAAAGUGAGACAGCAGUGGGAUCACCCCAUCACCUCCGCGUGCAUCUCCAGAGAAUACGUCAGAACGCUACUGGAAAAGUAUCCAGAGAACAGGGACUCUAUAUCGCUGGACCAUGGCAAGACGUGCUUCCAUCCUGAGUUUCUGCCUCUGAACUACCUCGCCAAAAUUCUUGCGGACAGAGAGGAACAAGCGCUGAACCCUUUUGAAGAAGAGGAGAAUGUGGACGCCAGGUUUGUGGAAGAGACGGCCUUGAAGCAGACACUGAUCAAGCUUGGCUUCGAAGUGAAAUAAAAACAGCUCGGCACAAAGCAAACAAAAAUGUUAUAAUAAUAUAUAAGAAAAGGGAAACAAUUAGACUGUUAUAAUGUCUUAAAUAUUUAAUCUCAGGGACAUUGUACUACUGUAAACACUAAAGCCCAAGGUCAGCUUGUUGACCAAAUAUUAUUCCUAGCUGAUGGUCUUCUCUUUGAAAUCCUCACAUUUUGCACCCAGAUGGACGCAUACGUACUCUCAUGUUAGAUAUGCCAGUGCAUAUGGGUUUAAUUAUGAUUAUGAUCACAGAUGCCAUUCCAUGGACGAGCAUCAACAAGAUGGAUUUUACACCAGAUGUUUUUUUUGGGGGGGGGUCGAACUGGGCAAAUCUGUAUAUAUUGUACUAUAUUAACAAGAAAUAAAAAAUCUUAAUGCU